AUGGCUGGUAUCCCAAACCUUCUUUGGGGCAACUAUCUACUUACUGUUUAUGGAGUUCCUACGAUUGUGGAUGAAGCAGCUUUUGUUACUCCGGAUGAUCUUACCCAAGUCGCAUUCUCUUCACUCAAGAGUGCUGGGUUUUUGCCCUGUAACAGCUUAGGCUGUCCACACUUAGAUGCAAACCGAGUGCCACCGGCAUUCAAGCACCUGCAUAUUAAUGAUGAGGUUGCGGUCUCGCUCUAUCGGAAAUCUGAUGUACUAUGGGAGUUUGACUUGGAGAAUAAUCCAGAUAUUAUGAUUGCGUCGGACGAUCGACUCCUAUCGGCAUCUCUAGGUCGUGGCCGAGGACGCUUCUUAUCGUGUCCUUGUACCGUGAAAAUCCCUUCUGCUGUGAAAUAUUGUGAGGCCCUGAUUCUAUUACUUUGCCGUGACUACGACUCUUCUUACGAGACUUAUUGGCUAGCUAUUCUGAGCUAUAUAUUGGAGUAUGUUAACGGUACGGAUAUUUUGGAUGAAAACAAGCUGCAAGAAGGUUACAGAAAGUUUUACCAUGCCCUCAAAUUAGAAGAUCCAGAGAUAUAUUCAAUACUGGAUGAGCUCCGAUUUGCCUUGAUUGAAGAGCGUCGCCUCCCAGUGAUAAAUUAUUAA